AUAUGUCCAGGUGGUAAUAUUUUGUGCAUAAUGGAAGAUGAGAUAUCCAGCAUAAUAGCUUGUGCUCUUGCCAUAUCUGAUGAGCGCCACCAUUUGAUAGAUUUAAAAUUUGAGAACGGAAUGGAUUAUUCCAAGGGAGAGUAUGCUAAAGCAAUAGAGAAAUCUUUUAGUUUUCUGUCUGAAAGUUCUUUCAGCUCAUCACCAUGGUCAUCUACAAAUUUUGAAGCAAGCUUAUCAUCUCUGUCUUCAUUUUCAUCUGAUGACUUUUCUGGUUAUGAUAGCUCAUUUUUGUUGUCCCCAAUGCAUCCAGAAAUGACUGUGAAUGGGAAAGUAACUCUCAAAGACAAAUAUUCAGUUACUGUUGUAUAUGAUAAUCAAUUCUUUGCACUCCGAAAAAAGUGUUGCCCAUCCGAGCUUGCAUAUAUUACUUCUUUAAGCCACUGCAAGAAGUGGAAUGCUCAAGGUGGAAAGAGCAAGGCCUAUUUUGCAAAGACGACGGAUGACAGGUUCAUCAUUAAGCAAAUCAAUAAAACAGAGUUUGAGUCAUUUAUUAAAUUUGCACCUGAUUACUUUAAGCAUGUUUACCAUUCUCUGGACACUGGAAGCCAAACUUGUCUGCCAACAUAUUAGGAAUCUAUCAGGUAGCAGUUAUAUCACAAGCUCGAGUUGGAUUCGUUUCGUUUUACUGUUUUCUUUUCCAUGUGGACUAACUUGCCUGUUUCAGGUUAAGCAAAUUAAGCAUGGCAAAAAGGUAAAGAUUUACUUGAUGGUUAUGGAAAAUCUUCUCUUUGGCCACAAUAUUUCACGAAUUUAUGACCUCAAAGGUGCUAUUUUUUCAUGACGCUUCACUGACUCAAACGAUCAUGAUACUGUUUACCUAGAUCAAAAUUAUGUUGAGGACAUGGGCUUUUCUCCAAUCUAUAUUGGUGGAAGAACAAAGCAUCUUUUGCAGCGUGCAAUCUGGAAUGACACGUCUUUCCUCACUUCGGUGAAUGUUAUGGACUAUUCUCUACUUGUGGGAGUGGACAAAGAGAAGCAUGAACUUGUGUUUGGCAUCAUUGAUUAUCUGAGGCAAUAUACUUGGGACAAACAACUGGAGACAUGGGUGAAGACUUCUCUGGUAGUACCCAAAAAUGUUUUACCAACUGUAAUUUCCCCCAAGGAAUUCAAAAAAAGGUUUAGGAAGUUCAUGGCGAAGUACUUUUUGUCAGUUCCAGACACAUGGAGUCUUGAUAAUCCGUCUAAGCCAUGCAAAUCCCUUGGUCAGAGCAAUCGCAAGUUGGCGGAAGUCCAGAUUGGUGAUAACCUGUCAGAGCUCCCAAAUGAAGUUGAGGGGUGUGCCUAAUCAUGUGCAGGAUUUCCUGGCAGUUUUGUUGAACCCUAUCUUGUUGUUGUUUGGCUAUAUUUCACUUUGUAAAAUGGUGUACAUAGGAGGACCUUGCGGUUUUUAGGCAAAUUGUUGGGCAAGUGAGGUCCACAUGACGUGUACCUAUACAAAUGUUCAUUGUUAAUUUCACAAUUAUUAUAGUGAAAUUAAGAAUUCAUAUGAUCAUUUUUUUGGACCUACCACUUGUGAGACUGAAGCAGUCUAUUCUUCA